CAUACAAGGUACGUCUCAGGAACCCUCGGCACCUACAAGUUACAACUUUGAAGCAAGCUUCCAAGGUUGUUCUACCUACAUACCCUACAUACUACCUACCUACCGCCUACAACUUCUAAACUUCAAUGUGGCUUUUCUUUUGUGACCUUUUGUAGCUUCCAAAAGGUUCAAUUGACAACCUAGGAAUAAAAUAACUUCAACAUCGUCUAUUGAUAUAGUCCAUCAAUUGUUGUUGCAUUGCUGUACUGACUGCACUACCCUCUUCAUUCACUGUCUUACGACCUCAUCCUUCAUUUAUAUACGUAUCACGUACCACCUAGCAGUGUGCCUCUCUAUUCGAUACCUCAUCGUUGCCGGACAUCUACUCUUUACUUCUAGAACGAUACGAUAGCCUGCGUAUUUCCAUAGUAAUCCAACAUAUCCAACGUAUACACUAGCCCUUCUAAAUACUUCUACCAAACAAUCAUCAACCAACAAUAAUCCCGAAUUCUCAUAACAGAGGUUACCAUGGGUGGCGAAACCACGACGCCAAAGGUCACCUCGACCGAAUACCCAGUCCGGGCUCGCGCCCCGGUUGGUAAACGGAUAGCCCACAUCUACAAGGACCGCAUCACGCAAUUCUACUCUAAGGGACAAUGGGAGAAGCAGAAUCUCCUUGCUAUGAUGUUUGAGGGUGUUGCAUCUGGACCUCCGAAUGUUCAGCUCUGGACAUGGCCUGCUCCCGAACUCUCUAGACCGACCUUUGAGGAGGCUAUGGCUGGCAAAUACCAACCUACCAGUGUUGGCCAGUCCUUUGGCCCCUCUUGGUCUACUCAUUGGUUCAAGGUUGUCCUCCGUGUCCCUGCCGAUCUUCGAGAUAAAGAGCACCUAGAAUUCCAGUGGGACGCCAACAGCGAGGGCAUGGUCUGGACAGAGGAUGGAAAGCCCUUGCAAGGUCUGACCGGAGGCGGCGAACGUGUGGAGUGGAUCCUUCCGGACUCUUUUAGAGACGGCAAGGAGCAUACCAUCUACAUCGAGAUGGCCUGCAACAGCAUGUUCGGCAACCCCACCGGGGGUGAUACCAUCCAGCCUCCCGAUCCCAAUAAGCACUUCCAGCUAGUCAAGGCCGAUAUCUGUGCUGUUAAUUUAGACGCUCGGCAACUCUGGAUCGAUACCUGGAUCAUCGGCGAUGCCGCCAGGGAAUUCCCCGAGGAUUCAUGGGAACAACAUGAGGCGUUGAAUGUCGUCACGAAUAUCAUUGAUUCCUACGUCCUUGGUGAUAAGGAAUCACUCAAGAAGUGCCGCAAGAUUGCACAGGAAUACAUCGGGUCGAAUGUUGAUACCUCCAAGGUCUACGACAGCGAACUUGUUCCCCAAGUCUUUGGUAUCGGUCACUGCCAUAUCGACACAUGUUGGCUGUGGCCCUGGGCCGAGACGAAGAGGAAGGUUGCAAGAUCUUGGUCGAACCAAUGUGACCUGAUGGACCGAUAUCCCGAACUCAAUUUUGCUUGCUCCCAAGCGCAGCAGUACAAAUGGUUGAAGACCCUAUACCCGUAUGCCUUCGACCGGGUCAAGCAGAAGGUAAAGGAGCAUCGGUUUCACCCAAUCGGUGGCAGCUGGGUUGAACACGACACCAACAUGCCAAGUGGCGAGUCUCUUGUCCGACAGUUCUUGUAUGGACAGAGAUUCUUCGAGAGCAACUUUGGAGAACGUUGCCGGACGUUCUGGCUUCCUGAUACGUUUGGAUAUUCGAGUCAACUUCCUCAAAUAUGCCGGCUGGCUGGCAUGGACCGCUUUCUCACACAGAAGCUGAGUUGGAACAAUAUCAAUAACUUCCCCCACACAACCUUCAACUGGGUCUCCCCUGAUGGGAGUCAAGUCAUAUGUCACAUGCCGCCAGCUGAAACCUACACAUCCGAGGCCGAGUUUGGGGAUGUUAAGCGCAGUGUUUCUCAACACAAGUCGAUGGACCAGGAUCACACCUCCCUGCUGGUUUUCGGUAAGGGGGAUGGUGGUGGUGGUCCGACUUGGCAGCAUAUAGAAAAGCUGCGACGUUGCCGCGGCAUUAGCGACCAGAUUGGCCGCUUGCCUAGGGUACACUUGGGCAAUUCCGUUGACGACUUCUUUGACAAGCUCCAGGAAAAGGGUGAAAGCCUAGUAACCUGGUAUGGUGAGCUCUAUUUUGAACUUCAUCGGGGUACAUACACUACCCAAGCAAACAAUAAACGUAACAACCGAAAAUCGGAGUUCUUGCUACGGGAACUCGAAUUAUUGGCCACUAUUGCAUCGUUGAAAUUCAAAUCUUACCAGUAUCCAAAGGCAGAGUUUGACGAGAUGUGGGAAGCAACCCUUCUCUGUCAGUUCCACGAUUGUCUUCCUGGAAGUUCUAUCGAAAUGUGUUACGAUGACUCAGAUGAGUUAUACGCCAAGGUAUUUGAGAUUGGCAAAAACAUAUACAAGGAUAUCUACAAACUCUUUGGAGUCACGCAGGUGGGAUCGGCUGAUAAAGUUAGCGACACCGUCGCUCUGAACACCCUCCCAUGGCACAGGAGAGAGAUUGUGGAACUUUCUCCAGGUGUCGUCGGGGUUGCUUGCGGUUCCGAGAACCUCGUCAACGUGAAGCCGUUUAAAACAAUGGCCUCCAAACCUGUUACCAUCAAUGAUCUUGGUGAGGGAGUCUUCGUUAUGCAGAAUGAGCAGCUCACAGUGAAGAUUGAAAAUGGCUGUGUCACCUCCCUGCUCGAUCGUAAGGCAGGACGAGAGAUUAUACCGAACGGAGAGAAAGCCAAUCAGCUUGUCAUCUUUGACGACAAGCCACUAUAUUGGCAGGCGUGGGACGUGGAGGUUUACCAUCUUGAUACACGCAAAGUGAUAUCUUACGGAAAAACUAAGAUCUACGAAGACGAGGAUCAUCGUGUUAGUGUCAUGACGGAAGCUAAGAUCAGCGACAACAGCUCGAUCAAGACAGUACUGAGCCUGUCUGCCGCCUUGGAGGGCCAGCAGUCGUACGUCGAGUGCACCGCACACGUGGACUGGCACGAGACUAUGAAGUUUUUGAAGGUGGAGUUCCCGGUCGAUAUCAGAAACACGGAAGCUUCCUACGAGACGCAAUAUGGCAUUGUCAGACGGCCUACACAUUACAAUACUACCUGGGAUAUGGCCAAGUUCGAGGUGUGCUGUCACAAGUUUGCUGACUUGUCGGAACAUGGGUACGGUGUUUCGAUUCUCAACGACAGCAAGUAUGGUUUUGCUACUUGCGGAAGUCUCAUGCGGCUCUCCCUCUUACGAGCGCCGAAGGCACCUGACGCCCACGCAGAUAUGGGCAAGCACAUUAUUCGUUGGGCCAUCCUACCGCAUCAGGGUGAUCUAAGUGCCACGACCGUCCGAGCAGGCUACAAUUUCAACCACCCGAUGAAGGUUCUCUCGGCACCCAAAUCAUCCGAGAUUGCUGCGCUCGCAACCUAUCCAGUCAAGCUGACAGGCAACGACUCGUUGAUAUUGGAUUGUGUGAAGCGUGGCGAAGAUGAUGAGGACGUUUCUCAAAAUAGCGGUAUCGCACCUCGCAAGGGUCGCAGUGUCAUUCUCCGUAUCUACGAUAGUCUUGGCGGCCAUAGCAUCGGCACAAUUACGACGAUUUGGGCUGUUAAGAAGGUAUUCAAGACGAAUAUCUUGGAGGACGAUGGAGAGGAAGUCAGUGUGGAUAAGGAUGGCUCCUUCAACAUUUCCCUUAAGCCUUUUGAGGUUGCCACUUAUAGAUUACAACUAUGAGUGGAUUGUUGAUCGCGGAGAUUGGCAAAUAGGGAUUCUCGAGACAGUUGUAGGCAGAGAAGGUGAUUUGGGUGCAAGGGACUAUGAGAUUGUCUAUGUCUAAAUUACUUUCCGGCGUUGAUAUUUGCGCCAAAGAAUAACGGGACACGUUUGAUGGGUGAUGAGAAUGGCAAGACUCUUUGAGUCUUUGUGGUGUAGGGUGCACAGCUAUAGCAAAUCCUUUUUAUAAAAAAAGAAAAACAAGACAAAAAUGUGAUAUAUUAUAUGGUACAGUAUGUAAGACUGUGUGGUCUACUCAGGAUAUAGCGGGUAGUCACUAUCAAGCUCACAGUGCGUGUUAGAACGAUUUAUGACUUUAUAGCAACCAUGGAUCCCUUGCCGGGUAUAAG